AUGUCACCGUCGAGAUCGACGCAGGUUACAGGCGGCACCGCGGGCGCUGCCACUGGCGUUUCGGUCGUGAUUCGACCGUACGAUGACGAGGCGACCAGGCGAGAGAAGAAGGCGCGGGACAGGGUGCUGGUCGUGGCCUGGUUCUGGGGUAUGCUGCCCGGUGUCCUGGCGGGCGCAGCGCUCACCUACUCGCUCUGGUCCGUCGGGACGCCGAUCACCAAGUCAACGGAAAAAAGCCCCGAUUCACCAGGCGCCGUGACCACUACACAAACACCGGUGACUUUGCUGACCCCGGUGUCGACGGUACCAACCGCACCUACGAUUCCAGUCACGCCAGCGCCGCCAACCGUUCCACCGCCGACGGUACCGGCCCCUCCCAUUGCACCAACCAUGCCGACAGUACCAACCGUACCAACUGCACCGACCGUGCCCACAAUACCGACAGUACGCACGGUACCCACAGUGCCUACGGUACCUACAGUGCCCACUGUACCCACAGUGCCCACUGUACCCACAGUGCCCACCAUACCGACAGUGCUCACUGUACCCACAGUGCCCACUGUGCCCACAGUGCGCACGGUACCGACAGUGCCCACUGUACCGACAGUGCCCACGGUACCGACAGUGCCCACAGUGCCGACCAUACCGACCGGUGCCUGUCCCACAACCGACGGCUCCACGAGCAACAUUCUAUCCGGGUGGACCUCGACUGAUGGCAGAGUACUUGAACGCGACGCUCAACUGGACUAA